AAAACAAUCAUUUAGAUGACUGGUUGUCAUGUACUUUAUAGUCACGUGACCAAACAAAGAUGGCAGUCUUUACAGUCUACUCAGGUAAACAGAGUGGGAAGGACUGCUCAUCUCUCUCUGUUAAAUUUUAAGUACAUCUACAGUUGAUAGUGGUAAAAAUCCAUGCAGGCCCUGAUUGAGUGUGCUUGAGACACUGAGGUGCCUGGAAAUUAUGAAGAACAGUACGUCUUUAACUUCAUUGUCAUCUAUGGAUAAAGAUUUAUCGUUGUCAUUUUUAAGCUUACAUAGCAAAACAGGAUUAGCCCAGCACACUGCCGUAUCAAAUCCCCCAAGUGCACGCUAUUCAGAUUUUAAUAAUUCGCUGGAUUACUCAAGCUAUGGAAAUGACGCCGAAGGAUUGCCUUGUAUACCUCAUAAGAAACAGCAGAAACGCAAAGACCUGAUUUCAGUUAAUCUGAGUGGAACUAGAUAUGAAGUUGUUCGUUAUGUGGUUGAGAAGUUUGGCUUCUCAAUCAGUAGAGAUGAUGACCCGACUUCCUAUCUGAUAUGGAAUGACACAUUCGUUUCACCAGAUAAGAUUAGUGAGCUUAAACCGUACCAACACAUCAAUCAUUUCCCAGGAAUGGUUGAGGUGACGAGAAAAGAUUCGCUGGCAAGAAAUAUGAUGAAAAUGUCUAAAGUCAUGCCAGACGAAUUUAAUUUUGUUCCAAAGACAUGGAUCCUCCCCACAGACUACACAGUUCUACAGAAUUAUGCAAAAGAAAUGAAGCUGAAAAAGAAGUCAAAAACAUACAUAGUGAAACCCGCAAAUGGUGCUCAGGGCCAUGGAAUAUCUUUGUAUAAAAACGCUGAGAAAAUUCCACCCGCCGAGCACUUUGUGGUACAAGAAUACAUCGACAAGCCCUUGCUGUUAGAUGGCUACAAAUUCGAUCUCAGGAUCUAUGUGCUCAUAACAUCUUGCGACCCCCUUAGAAUUUUCCUAUUUAAUGAUGGCCUGGUCAGGCUAGCCACGGAAAAAUAUCUCAUCCCACAUGAGAAUAAUAUAAACCACCUCUUUAUGCACUUGACAAACUACUCAGUGAAUAAGCAGAGCGAAUUCUAUGACAAAAAUACAGCACACGACACAGGCAGCAAGCGGUCUAUACGCUACUUCAACGAGUACCUCCGGCGCAGUGACAUAGACGGCGGCCUGCUGUGGCGCAACAUUUCUGACAUGAUUGUUCGCACUCUGCUUGUUGCUCAGCCGCAUGUGCUGCAUGCGUACAGGAUGUGCCGGCCUGGGGUGUCACCAGGCAGUGAUAGCGUUUGCUUUGAAAUUCUGGGGUUUGAUAUAAUGAUUGAUAGGAAGCUGAGGCCUUGGUUGCUUGAGGUUAAUAGAUCUCCAAGUUUUGGCACAGAUGAACAUUUAGAUUUGGAAAUAAAAUCAGCCUUGUUGGAAGACACCAUCAGGCUUCUAAAUAUGAAAGUUGGUGACAAACGUCGUAAUAUAGUAGCACAAAAAGCAGAGGCACAGAAACGUUUGUUUAAAUCCAGUAGGAAAAUUGAUAUACAGGAUUGUUCUGAGUUUGAUAGGAAAAGGUUGAACAAUGAGAAGAAGAAAGAAGAAUUGACAGAACUCUUGAAUCGUUUGCGCAAAAUGACUGCCAAGGAAGAUUUUGAAAGACGGCACUCUGGCCAGUUCAAAAAGAUCUUCCCUUCAGAUGAUAAAGCCAAACAAGAAAGAUAUUGUAACAUUAUGGCCCAGACCUUCUCUACCUUUCUCUCCAGGAGAGGUGUCAGCAUGCAGAAGGAGAUAGAGGUGUACUACAACAAUAAGUACAAGGAAGAGGACAUCCUAGACAUGCUGGCUGAAUGUGAGUUGGAUGAGAAAGAGUCUCGGCUUUAUCCUGCAGGAAAACCACCUAGAGGUCCAAAGCCUCUGCAGAGCAUGCCUGAGUCAGUGCCUACAACCAACGAUGGUGAAGAGAUUUAUGACAGUGAUACCAGUUUCCCCAACUCCGCCGAUCUCCGAGCCCGGUCUGCUUCAAGAACCAGAUCCCAGGGAGGGAGAAAGGACAGCAGGAGUCCGAACUCCCGCCCGGCGUCUGGCCAACCGGUUAAACUAGGCAACAAGAACGUGUUUGCCCAGCGUCCGCAGAGCCAGACGACGUAUGGCCAACACACGGCUAGGAGUAUGUACAAGGCUGGGAGCACUAACAAGCUGACUGCUCUGCAGCGAUCAGAUGUGGAUGAAAAUUUGCUGAAUCCAGUUGUGAAUGAACAGGAGAAUGAGAUGUUGGUGAAGACGCUAGACUCACUGAAUGAAAUGAGAAUUAAAUUUCCAGGGAAGUCAGAUAUGGAAGCAGAGUACAUGCUGGAUCAGUUGACUGAAAAUUGGAAAUUUCAUAAACCAAGGAUAGCUUCCUAUUGGCUAGUGAAAUUAGAUUCAAUUAAACGCAGAAAGGUUAUAGAUAUAGUGAAAACCAAUGUGAGAGCUGUACUACAGAGAGUCUGGAGAACUUCCGACAUUGAAAACCUCCGACUCAAUAGGAUAUUCGGCCGUGUGUUCAACCGCUUGCUUUGGAGUCAUGGCCAAGGAUUGUGGAAUUGUUUCUCAUCAGGCCACCAUUCAUGGGAGACAAUAUUCAGUAAAAGCAGUGAGAACAUUGCAGAGAGUGAGAUGAACUGCUGCCGAAGGAUCGUUCAGCUUUGUAAAGACUGCCUUCUUAUAGUUUACAAGUUUGCCGAUGAGGCAAAGAACCAAAGCGUCAACAACGAACAGCAAGACCAGACACAGCAGCACCGCCUGCAGUUUGAGAACAGGUCACUUUUACAGCAGUCUCAUGGAUAUUUUGGAGUUCGAGAUAUCAAACUCCCUGUAAACUGGAACAAUUACACAUCAAAUCCUUACAGUCAGAGAUACAACAAGCUGUACCAACAGUCCAGUUUCAGCACCCCCUGAUGCCUGCUGACAGUUCAUUCACAAUGUUCAAAAAUUGUUUCAAAUAUUUCAGUUUGCACUUUGUGAACAUUUGCUGCUAAAGUAAAUCAAUAGCAUAAUUUUUAAGCUUCUGUUUUUAUUUAUUUGUUAUGGGUAAUCAUUAACGAUUUAAAAUGUUGAGUAAGUAGUACUACAAGUAGAUGUUUACUUCAACUGAAGACAAUUUUAUUUUAAAUUUCAGUGUACCUAAUAUUCUACAGUAAACAUGGUAAUAUUAAACAUUAAAGUAAUUGUUUUUAAGACUAUUGCACAUUUAAAUAGUAUAAAAUAUACAAUGUUGAUUUCUGUUAAUUUUUUUUAGAUCUUAGCUUGGUUAAUUCCCUCAUUUCAUAAGGUGCUUUACAAGAGUUAAAUUUGUUAUUUAAAUAAUGUAUUUUUUUAACUUACAUUUCGCUAAUUUUAAAAAGUAAAUUGUUUUAGAUUGGGGAUUUAAACAAUACCUCUUUUUGUUUUCACAUCUUAAUUUUACAACUAUGGGAAAGUUGUUCUGCUAAAUGACUAUUUAUUUAUCCAUCGCUGGACAAUCAAUUGCUAAUCAGCCAAAAUAUUUAUUGUUUAAAAAUGAGUUGAUCAUCAGUCUGCCAGCUAGAUUGUCAUCAGAUGAAUUUGAAAGCUGUGUUAAUUGUACCAUCAGACAGAAUCUGUCUCAAUCACUAUGUCAAUAAUCACCUGUUUUGAAUGUAUAUAUAUAUAUUUAUAUGCAUAUACACUAAGCUUUUGAAAUUCACAACAAAUUACAAUAUUUGUAAUUUUACACAGGGAGUUUGUAUGUGCAUACAUUUCAAUAAUGCAUUCAAUCUACAGAAAAAUUUGUACUUGUAUUAUGCACAUAUUUUACUCAUACUUUUCCAAUAUUUAUUUCUGGUAACAAAUUAAUUUGCCAACCAAGAUGUACAAUAUACUGUGUUAUUUUUCUGUAUUUUAUUCCAAAAUCAAAAUUUAUCAAUUGAUUCCUUAAAAUAGAAACUAAAUGUCUUUCAGUUAGAACAUCAAUAUACUUUUAACUUACAUUUUCUGAAGGUGUGUGGUGCAUACUUCUUCAAUUGAAAUCAAUUUGUUAAUUUAAAAUAUUUAGCGUUUAGGAAAUGAACAAAGGGUUUAAAAUAUGUUACAUUUUUAGUAAUUAAUUGGCUGCAUUUAAAACAAAUUAUUCCUUAUUUAACUGAAAUAAAAUGACAAAACAUCUUAAGAUAAUCUAACAAUAGUACCUUUACUUUCUCUAACAUCAUUUUACCAAGUAUUAUAUAUAACCAUCAUACAUGUUUAUUUUUUACAACAUUUUGAUUAGAAUUAUAAAUGCCAGUAAUUAAUGGGGGUUUUUUUUAUUUAAUAGCAUUUCACAUUACUUGAAUGAGUUUAUAAUUUUUUUUUAACACACAAGGUUUGCCAUUCUUUUGAUUUGUUGCAUUAGUUUAUUUGCUAUUCAUCUUGCAACUUUUUUAUCAUCCUGUUUGGUUGGGAUUUUUUUAUAUCAUAAGCACAUGUUAGAAUGUAAAUGUAACUCAUAUGAAUUAACAUUGACUACUUAUUAUGUAUUUGGAACAAUUAAUACUUUACAUAUAAAACGUUAACAAAAUAACUCUGUUAUUGUUAUAUUGUUUUUCUUUAAAUAGCUAAAUUAUUUUCUAAAUUAAAAUUGUAUCCUAGUCAACACAGUAGACUAUGCACUAUUUUUACAUAUUAGAACACAUCAGUGAAAUUUUUCUUUGUAGAUAUAUUAAGAAAUUUAUUUAACACUUUCCACAAAAAUUUAUUUUUAGGAACUUUUGAGCCAUCUAAAGAAAUGAAUACGUGUUAUGUUACUUGUUUGGCAUGUUUAUACAUUAUUGUAAAUUAUGCCUUUUACUAACAUCAAAUCAAAAGUUAUUUUAUAAAAGAUAAUUGAAAACUGUUUUUUACUACAUCUGUUUUCAAUAAAAAAAACAAAGACUUUCAUAAUUUUUCGUAAUAAAUUUCUAAUUACAUUUC